UCAUUUUUUCCUUCAUCUACUUCAAUCAAAAUAUACGGUCAAGUUUGAUGUUCUCAAUAUCACUAAAAUGUUUGUCAACAAUAUUAAGUGUUGGUGGGGUAACGUUGCCUUAAGCUGCAGCCAUAAGAGUAACAACUAGAUCCCAAAUCAGAAAUCCCUCGUUGAGCAAUUGAGAAGAAGCAUGUCUUUGUCGGCAUCGGAGAUCGCUAAGAAGCUGAAUCUACAGCCUCAUCCAGAAGGUGGCUUUUACGCCGAGACCUUCCGUGACCACUCCGUUCUUCUUUCCACUUCUCAUCUUCCCCCUCAAUACAAAGUUGAUCGACCAGUUUCCACAUCCAUAUAUUUUCUGCUUCCAUCUGGGAACAUGUCUCGCCUUCAUCGUAUACCUUGUUCCGAAACCUGGCAUCAUUACAUUGGAGACCCCAUCACCGUGGUGGAACUGAAUGAGAAAGAUGCAAGUGUGAAGUUUACAUGUCUUGGAUCCGAUUUGACUAAGGAUCAGACACCGCAGUACACGGUGCCUCCCAAUGUCUGGUUUGGUUCUUUUCCUACCAAUGAUUUUACUGUCUCUGUUGAUGGAGGGUUUGUGAAGGCCCCACCUAGAGAUGGUGAGAGUCACUACUCUCUUGUAGGAUGCACUUGCGCACCUGCUUUUCAGUUCCAGGAUUUUGAACUUGCUAAACCUUCUCACCUCAUUUCACACUUUCCUCAAUUGGAGCCUCUCAUCACUACUCUCACUUUUCCUGAGUGAUAUUAAUAUUGUACAAUGUUAAUAAACACUGCUUGCUUGCUUCAAUCUUGUCUAGUUACUGAAUCUUAAUUUGUAUUGCAGUAGUAGCUUUUCAGAAUCAAAUAAUGAAUGAAUUGCCCCUUUGAUGUAUGAAAACUGUUUCAAUGUAAUUUUUGGAUUCGUUGGCAA